GCAAUAGUAAUGACUUAUAAAAAUAGCAAAAAAAAAAAGGUGUACUGAAUCCUUCGAAUCCUUUGAAUUUGAAUGGUAUACCUAGUUGUUAGGUUCGAAAAACGAUUCUUAAUCCUACAGAUGAUAGCUCGGAUUACUAAAAAAUACACUUUAUCGAAUUAAAUUUCAAUUCACGACCAAUGUUCAAUCUGUACAGAGAUGCCGAUGAAUACUCAACGGUUCCGAAUAAGUUGCUUAAAAAAUAUAUAUAGACCUAUAUAAUAUAAUCAUACAAAUGUUUUAUUAAUAGCUACUUUGUUCCGCACUAUGUAACCACUGUAAUAGACAUGCUUUCGUAUAUGUUAACGUAUACACUAAUCUCGUGAAAAUUUUGUCACACCGAGGAAGUCAGUGAUUGCCGUGAUUUACUCUGUGAACGUGACUGUCUCGGACAAAACGAAUACCGAUUUGUAACAAUCAGUGCGUAAUUUUAUUAUUAGACUACACCUUACCCGCUCCGUAGACGUCAUCGGGGAAAUCAAUUAGGCAACAGGUAUUAUUAAAGAUUGCGAUUGCAAUUUCCGGUCGGUGUCCGAUCGGAAAUCGGGAAGUACGUGUAGUAAAACGUAUAGGGGCAUGUCGGGAUGAGAAGAUGAGCGAAGAAGUGAAAAGAAGACGAACCGUCGCGACCGGAAGGCCGUUGACCUGAAUGUGUAAACAGCGGACGGCGCGUUAAUUCGCGCCGCGGCGAGCGGCAACACUGCGCCGCCGGCAGUACCCGCGACUUGGUUCUUCGCGCUAACACGAGACGAAGUUCAUUCUCGCUUCGUGCGCCAAACGCUAAUUGAGUUGACCCAGUGAGAGUGCGCCGCAGUCGGUAUCCCGAUCACUUCGUCCGUCGCAUCACACCGCAUCGCUCGCAUCGCAACCCCCACCGGAGGGACGAUAACAUACCCGCCAGACUGCGAUCGUACCAUAAUACCUACAUAUUAUUAUUAUCAUAAUAAAUCGCGAUUUCUCUUGUCCCUGUGCGCAGGUGAUGUAUCCGGCCCGCGUACGGUCCGUCAUCGUCGGCAGUUGUUGUUGAACAACCGUCUUGCGCCCGUCCGGAAGAAGGGCCACCGGUGAUCGGCACCGUCGCGGUAAAAAUAAUAAUAUCAUCGUUACAUGGGUACCGCUGGGAGCUGCGGCCGCGGACUGUCGCCGUUGUGCCGGUGUCUGUGGUGGCUGACGGUCUUCUCUUGGUGCGCGGCGCAAGCUCUGGGCCAGGACGCGUUCAUGCAGCGUGACAACGCGGUGCUCCCGCGCCGGCGAGUGCACAAGUUCCGCAAAGCCCAGCAACACCACCAGCACGUCGAGGACGCCGGGAACAGCGAACGGAGGAGGCCCAACAUCGUGCUGAUCCUGACCGACGAUCAGGACGCGGAACUGGGAUCUUUGAACUAUAUGGAGAAAACACAAAAACUGCUUAGAGACGAAGGUGCCGAGUUUCAGCACGCCUACAGCACUACCCCUAUGUGCUGCCCGUCCAGAAGCUCAUUGCUUACCGGUUUAUACACACACAACCACGAAGUGUUCACGAACAAUGACAAUUGCAGUGGUCCAGUAUGGCAGAGUGUUCACGAGUCAAGGACGUUUGCCACUUAUUUAACCAAUGAGGCAGGAUAUCAUACAGGAUAUUUUGGAAAAUAUUUGAACAAAUAUAAUGGAAGCUACGUACCUCCAGGCUGGCGUCAAUGGGGAGGUCUUAUUAUGAAUUCCAAAUAUUACAAUUAUUCGGUGAACUUAAAUGGCAAAAAAAUUAAACAUGGCGAUGACUACCAUAAAGAUUACUAUCCAAAUUUGGUCACCAACGACUCAAUAAACUUUCUUCAACACGCGAAACAGCACCACCCUCAUCGACCAUUUAUGCUUGUGAUGAGUUUCCCGUCACCUCACGGGCCCGAAGAUUCUGCACCUGAAUACUCUGACAUGUUUUUUAACGUCACUUCACACCACACUCCUACAUAUGACUAUGCUCCUAAUCCAGACAAACAGUGGAUUUUACAAGCGACUGGACAAAUGUUGCCAAUUCAUAAAAAAUUUACAAAUCUAUUAAUGACAAAACGGUUGCAAACAUUGCAAAGUGUAGAUGAUGCUGUAUCUAGAGUUUAUGGAGAACUGAAGCAAUUAGGCGAAUUGGAGAAUACAUAUAUUAUUUAUACUUCUGACCACGGAUAUCACUUAGGUCAAUUCGGCUUAGUUAAAGGUAAAUCUUUUCCAUUUGAGUUUGAUGUACGUGUUCCAAUGUUAGUACGAGGACCCGGUAUUGAACCUGGAACAAAAGUAAAUGAAAUAUUUCUUAACAUAGACUUGGCACCUACAUUUUUGGACAUUGCCGGUGUUAAUCCUCCAGCUCAUAUGGAUGGCCGUUCUGCAUUCAAACUGUUCCAUAAACAUAAAAAGGGUAAUAAAAAGUUUGUCGCACAUUGGCCUGAUACGUUUUUAAUUGAAAGCAGUGGCCGAAGAGAACAUAAUAAACACAAGAAAAUGUCUACCAUCUUAUCACCAUCAAUUAACAAUGAUUUUAGUGUUGAAGAUGAUUUGGGAGUUAUUGCUGGUAACAAAGCUAGAGAACUAUUUGAAUUAUGUCAGAGAUCAGAUCACCAGACUCCUUGCAAACCUGGACAAAAGUGGCAUUGUGUUCGUGAUGGAUUUAGGUGGCGAAAACAUAAGUGUAAUCUAAAAAACCGAAAUCGACUUCUAAAUGGACUUAAAAAAUGUACUUGCUUUUCUGCUGAUGGAAAUUUAUACACAAAGCUUGAAAUGGACAAAAACAAAAAAUAUAAUUCUAAAAAUCUGAAAGUAGCCAAUUAUAAAGACCGUUUUCGCAGGGACAUUAUGUCAUCUCUUAGUAAUAACAUGUCUUCGAUUAAGAAUGUAUUGAACAAACAAAUUGAUGACUUACGGUCAAUGGCAGUGGUUAAUGACUCUGCUCUGGCUAGCUGUACAGUUACUCCUAAUGGUGAUGUGAAGUGUACAAAUAUUGUAUACAACAAUCCAAAAGUUUGGAAAUUCAGUCAGCAUCGUGUACAAAAACAAAUUUCAAGUUUGCAAAAAAAAUUAGAGAAACUUAGAGAAAUACAAAAACACCUUGAAACAAAGCGACCAAUUAUUGAUGACAAAGAUGAAGAAGAUGACGACACAGAAGAUGACCUAAAUGAAGACGAUUCUGAAAACUUGCCAACAGAUUACUCUCAAACACAGUGGAACCUUGGGAUGGUACCUGUACACAAUUAUAGCAUGAGUCCUGGUAGCUUACUUGUAGAUGGAGUUGAACCUCAUACUCUCAGACAUCACGGACAUAAAUCACAAAAUACAAAUACUUCUGCAGACACGUGUUAUUGUGUGCCUUUCAUGUUUAGUGAGAAUGAUCCUGCACUAAAUAAGGAGGUAAAAAAGUUGCUGAAAGCUGAUAGGCAAAAGAAAAAAGGACGAAAAUUUCGUAAGAAAAACUCUAAACUAAACAAGGAGUGUAUGUUAGAAAAAAUGAACUGUUUUAAUCAUGAUAAUGAUCAUUGGCGAACAGCACCAUUAUGGACAGAGGGACCAUUUUGUUUCUGCAUGAAUGCGAAUAACAACACAUAUUCGUGUCUUCGUACGAUCAACGGCACACACAAUUUCCUAUACUGCGAAUUCGUCACCGGGCUAGUGACGUUUUACAACAUGAAGAUCGAUCCAUUCCAACAGCGGAAUCGAGCUUACACCUUGGAACCCAAAGAAAAGGACUGGCUCCGAGAUUCGCUUUCAGAAAUGGUCCGCUGUAAGGGUUCUGCUCAAUGUGCGAUCAGCCCGGUGAAACGUAGAAAAAAACUGGACAGUUUUAAUACGCUGUCGUCCAAUGACGAAGCAAUAACGAGUAAAAAGUUGCUGACGGAACAACCAAAAGAUUUGGAUAUUGCAGUGCGAUACCGAUAGCACACACUAUAUACAUCAUAUUAUAAUAAUAUUAUGUAAUAAAUAAUUAUUUAUACCGAAAAUUAGUGUAAAAAUGCAGUAUUAUUAAUUUAUAUGUACCUAUAUUUAUUUAUUUUAAUUAUGUAUUGAUUUUUAAAAACGACUUGAUGUGAUUUAUGUACCUAUAUUUAUAUAUAUUAUAUAUUAUAUUUGUAAUUUGUUGAAUGUCCAAUAAAUUGUUUAGAACAUUUUU